GCGAGAGCACAAAAAGAUUGAGGCAGUUUAGCGCGAGCUGCUCGCGAGAGAGCGGAUUCAGUCACGGACUGAAAUAAGACCGUUAACAGCAGAUACCUGCUUUUAAACAGAAACAACUACAGGAACUGCGGAGGCACGUGUUGUCUAUUUAACUUGCAAUGAGAUGCAGGGAUAAGCUGGAGGGCUGAAUCUACCUUUAUUUGUGGCGGAAAUAACUGUCAUUAUACGUGUUUGGGUGUUACUGUACCUCUCUACCAAAGACCACUGGAAGGUGUGUGAGAAGAAACCUGCUGACCCUGCAACUCAUUCAUCAGGGACUUUGUCCUCUACACAGAAACACCGUCAUAUACAGCUUCAUAUCCCAGCUACUCCUGAUUUCUAUUCCUCUUACGAUGCAACUUUGAAGUACAUCUCCUCAUGCUCUGAUCUCAUAUUGGUGAACUCGGCACAGUCUUUAUCCAGGCCUGUAGGAAAGACAGCAGGUGUUUCUGAAUGCUUUACAAGUGCUUGUGGGGAAAAAGCUGCAGAACCAUGUGCGUCCAAUGGACAGUGUUGACGAUUGGCCUAGUCCACUGGAUGAGUGGACAGUAGGAGGAAGGCGAAACAGUGGUCUCAUGUCAUGGAAGGGGUCGUUGCAGUUGCAGUACAUAUAGAGGGCUUAAAUGGUUUACCACAAGAAUGUAAACAGACAGAAGAUCUAACCAAUGGACACUCCAAAUGCACAACUAUACUGAAUGGACUCACUCCAGGUAAUGGCAUCAAAGAAAAUGGCAAUAUCAGUGGCAUCCCUUAUCUCAGAACUGUCCCGAUCUCAGCCCUGAAACAGAAUGGCCUCUUACAGUCACUGGCAGCAGGAGGCAAUCAGACUAAAACAGAAGAGGUGAGCUCGGAGGUGGAGCGAGCACAAGAGGAGUGGGAUGCCCUGGAGAGCAUCCAACCAGUUCUUGCUGAGGAUCUCACUCCCUCACCGCUGAUCUCAUUCAACGAGGCACUGCAGCAUUUUCAGACAACUGAUCUCGGAGACCUGCUUAAGAACAUUCAGCCCACCAUUCGCAGGUCUGGAUUUGCUGCCAUCACCCACUUCCUGUUUGGUCCUCCCCGGCUACACAAAGCACUAGUAGAGGAGAGAGACCUAGUGUUUGCCAUUGCACAGUGUUCUCUGGAUAAUGGACAGUCAGUGCACAUGCGUGUACUCCAAACAAUCUACAGAAAACUGACUUGCACCCGUGCAGACUGCCCUCGUUAUGGACCACACUGGGAGAACGUGGGCUUCCAAGGUUCAGACCCUGCCACAGAUCUAAGGGGAACAGGUUUUCUGGGCCUGAUGCACACACUCUACUUUGUCAUGGACCCAGAGAUACUACCGCUGGCUAGAGACAUCUACAAACUCUCUCAACAUCCAGUCCAGAAUUUUCCAUUCAGUGUGAUGUCCAUCAACAUGACCAGAAUUGCCCUGCAUGCUCUCAGGGAGGAGGUGCUGUCCAAGGAGUGUAAUCGAAGGCAACAGGUCGUGGCGGUGCUGAAUGAUUUUUAUGUUGCAAUGUUCCUGCACCUCUACCAGCUGUGGAAGAGCCAGCAGAAAACAAUCUCUGACUCUGGCCAUGUACUGAAAGAAGUGGAGCUCUUAGCCAAGAAGAACCCAAAACAGAUUCUUAAACGUCUCGAGGGCUACCUGAAGGAGAGACGUGCUGGGACAGGACACCGAACAUCACCUGACACGCUGUCACAUAGCAACCCUUCACCUGGUGACAGUGGGUCUCGAGCAGGGAGUCAGGGUGGGAAGGAGGGGAAAGAGAUUAACUUUACUGGAGUCUGUGAGCUUCCCCCCGAGAUGGAGGGAGAGGCCAGACUCAUCUGAGAGACUGAGAGAAAGAGAGAUGAGACACUUAAAGGCAUAGUUCACCCUAAAAUAAAAAUGUUUUUUCGAACCCUUUGACUGACUUUCCUCUGUGGAACACAAAAGGAGAUGUUAGAGAGACUGUUAGUCUCAGCCACCAUUCACAUUCAUUGCAUCUUAUUUUUUGUGAAUGGGAACUGAGGCAAAUAUUCUGCAAUCUCCUUUAGUCUUCUUUAUUUUGUGAAAAAAGUCAUACAGUUUUGAAACAACAUGAGGUAAUGUAUAACCAUUUUUGGGUGAACUAUCUUUUAAAGAACAUGUGUUUGAAUGGGAAUUUGAUUUGUACAGUCUCUACUAGUAUCUCUCUUGCUCUAACUCUGUCUUUCUCUCUUUGUUUCUUAAUAUCUUUUCUGUCUAUUCAUGCUUAAGCACACUCAUUGACAAGUCUAUAUUUUAACUGUUGUGUCAGAUAAAAUCAAAAUACUCUUUGUUGUUUUUAUUUUCAGUAAGGGUACCUAUUAGCUCUUCAAAGCUUUCUUUGAAAAAAGCCAAUAGUUUUAGUUGCCAAACAUAAGGGUUGAAGGGACAGUUCACCCAAAAAUGACAAUUCUCAUUAUUUUCGCACCCUCAUGCCAUCCCAGAUGUGUAUGACUUUCUUUCUUCUGCUGAACACAAAUGAAGAUUUUGAGAAAUAUAUCUCAGCACUGUUGGUACCCACAAUGAAAGUGAAUGGUGACCAGAACUUUGAAGCUCCAAAAAGCACAUAAAGGCAGCAUAAAAUAAUCCAUCUUACUCUAGUUUGAGAAUCCAUAUCUUCAGAAGUGAUAUAAGUGUGGGUGAGAAACAGAUCAAUAUUUAAGUAAAUUUUUACUAAAAAUGUCCAUUUUCACCAGCCCUCCUAAUUGCUCUCUUCUGUCCUAAGAGUUCUUUUGGUUUUGGUGAUUUGCAUUCUUUGUGCAUAUAGCCACGUACUGGGCAGAGAGGAGAAUGUAUUGUAAAAAGGACUUAAAUAUUGAUCUAUUUCUCCUUCACAUUUAUCAAAUUGCUUCAUAAGACAUGGAUUUAACAACUGGAGUCAUAUAGAUUACUUUUAUGUUGCCUUUUUGUGCUUUUUGGAGCUUCAAAGUUCUGGCCAACAUUCACUUGUAUUGUAUGGACCUAGAGAGAUUAAAUAUUCUUCUAGAGACCUUCAUUUGUGUUCAGCUGAUGAAAGAAAGCCAUACAAAUCUUAGAUGGCAUGAGGGUGAGUCAAUUCUGACUAUCAUUUACUCAUCCUCAUGUUGUUACAAACAUUAUUGUCUUUUUUAUUUAUUUAAUGGAACACAAAAAGAGAUGUUUGCAGUAUGGUAUGUGUCCAUUGACUUACAUUGCAUCUUUUUCCAAAUGGGGCCUCAUAUCGCUUUAGAAGAAAGUUAUACAGGUUUGGAACAAUUUGUGGUUGAGUGAAUAAUGACAGAAUUAAAAUUUUUAAGUGAACUAUCCCUUUACAAGGAUAAUCUCAGAAAUUGUAAUGCUAGAUUUACUGCCUUAGUGGCAAUGAGAAAUGGCCGUGUCUUGAUGAAUGUAAAGUGGGUUCCAGAAAUUAUCCAGCACCUUUGCCAUGACUGUGGUAUUUAGUGAGAAUGACUUCCUUUGUGUGAUGCAGUGACUGUGCAGGGAUUUAUUUGAUUCAAGACCUGUGUCGUCUAAAGCCUUGUGAUCCUCCUGAUCAUUUGAACGUAUUCACUGUGAUCAGAUCAGUAUUCACGAAAGUUUGCUGCAUUUAUAUUGCUGUUGGCACUUUACCCUUCACUGUUGAAAAUGGAGUGAGAUAUCAAAACAUUGGUUAGAAAUAGCCUCUAUUGGCCAAAGAGUUUUUCUUUUGUCUCUUUAGAGAGAUAAAGACGUCACAAUAAGACAUAGAGACUAUGUGACUUGUCAUGGUAUUGUUUUGAUUGUGAAAAUGCAUAUUAGUGACCUGUAUAACAAAAUGAUUAGAUGUUUAAAUAACCAUUUAGCAGUUUAGUUGCAAGCAUGAAAUUUUCACAUACAACUCAUUUUAUUUAGACGUUUGAGCUUUGAGCUAAAAGUAGGUCCAUAAUCAAAAGUCUACAUGUUUCCUUGAUAUUGAUAGCAGUUACAUUCACAUUUUAAGUCAUGAUGCAACUAUGAAUGUCUGGACAUGCUUUGGAUGAGACUGGGUAUGAUGACAUGACUGUACCAGAAAUAAUCCUGAAAAUGCUACUGGUUGCCUGUUAUGAUGUUUCUCAUACAGUACAGCAUACUCAAGCUGUCUGCUAGUUAGUCUAGAUUAAAUUUGAUUGCGUAUUUUAAAUUGUUGGGCACUAGUAAAUAAAUCAAAUUGUCCAUUUGGGUGAAGGGAUACACCCAAAAAUGAAAAUUCUCUCAUCAUUUACUCACCCUCAUGCCAUCCCAGAUGUAUAUGAUUUUCUUUCUUAAGCAG